AUGUCCUACCUUAAAUUCCUCGCCGCAACUUUGGCUGCCACGACAGUUGCGGCCUCCAAUUGCCACCCAUUCCCUUCCUCUAUGAUUGAAUUCUCUGUCAAUUUCAAGGAGCCGAACCCACCACGGGUGAAGCCAGAAUUCGGUACCAACUUUGUACAACACAAAUGGAACGAGAACGUGUCCCACAUUACGACUGGGUACAUCACCAACUCUCCGUCUCAGGGUUUUGUCCGCGCUGUCGAAGCAUUCGAUGGCAAUAUGGCUUCUUCACUCUUCAAUUACAAGAAUGUCACCCAAGAUGGACUUGUGGACAACACCAUGACCACUUACUACCCCAACUCCGCUAAGCCUGAAGUGUGGAGAGGAUACGUCAAUUCAGGCUUCCCCCUCUUUAACGACGAUAUCUUGAUUCAAGGUGGCGCAGUCUUCGUUGGGCUAGUUCAACGACAAUUUAUAGACGGUCGCGUUGCUGCGUGGAGCCUUUUGUAUCAAGGCGUAAUUCCGGUGACAGUUUUCGUUGAUGAAUGUGGCGUCGUUGUUGGAUAUGACUAUUUUUCGCCUGGUUUGCGAACACGCGUUAUCACAGAAUUUUUCAACAUCCGAGUUGGCUCUUCAGAUUCCGACUGA